AUGGCGUGGUCAUCGAUUUUAUUCGUCCAAAUUAUUUUGGUCUGCAUAGUGAGCAGUGGCUUUCUCUUAUGCUACAAGCUUUUCAUUAUUCCCUACGUAAAAAUGAAGAAGAUGAAUUUAAAGGGUCCACCAUUCAAGCCUUUAAUCGGUAAUCUACUCGAUUAUGGCAUCACAAAACAACAUAUUGCUCAAAUUAAGUUACGCGAAAAAUACGGUGACAUCUAUGGCACACAGUUUUUUCAAAUACCCACUAUUUGGAUAGGUGAUCCUGACAUCUUAAAGAUGGUUAUGGUUAAAGAAUUUUCAAACUUUCCUAAUCGAUAUUCCUUUGCUAAAGCAUUAAAUCCACUAGACAAAGGUUUGCCUGAACUAAAAGAUCAGUCCUGGCACCGUAUACGAAACGUUGUUCUUCCCACCUUUAGCUCGUCAAAACUGAAAUUAAUUUAUCCUUACAUCUGCGAGAUGGGAAAUCACUUGGUUGAGAGUUUAAUUAGUAACGCUGAUGGUAAUGGUCGGGCCAUAGAAUUUUGUCAACCUUGUUCCAAAUUCACGAUAGAAAUUAUUUUAGCUACAGCCUUCGGAAUCGAAAUUGACAAUCUUGCGGAGAAAGAAAAGCUAACAAGAGCAACUAAUAUUGUGUUUGGCAGUCAACCAAGUGCUUUAUUUUUACUUCUCUUUACAUCAGUUCGGCUAUUCAAGAUGAUUGAGCCUAUCUUCGGAGAGGGCUUAGCAUCCCUUGAAUAUAUUACCAAAGUAACUACUAAGAUUAUCAAACAACGAAGAAGAAAUAUGGAAGCUGGUAUUGAGUGUCGCAAAGAUUUCUUACAGCAAAUCAUUGAAGCAGGGGAUCAGGACAAGCUUAAUGAUGAUGAAAUUGUAGGUCAAGCUUUCAUAUUUCUCACAGCUGGCUUUCACACUAUUUCCAAUACGUUAUCGUUUGCUUGCUAUCUGUUAGCUACAAACCCUGAUAAGCAGCAAAAAUUAUACCAAGAAAUUGAAUCAAUAUUCUCAGCAGAUCAAGACAUCGAUUAUGAUACUUUAUUUGAGCUCUCUUAUUUAAAUAUGGUCGUUUUAGAGACAAUGAGAAUUUAUCCUGCUGGAUUUUUUAUUAAUCGUGAUAUUAAAGAAGAUAAGACAAUUAAUGGUAUUCAUUUCGCUAAAGGUGCCAUGCUAGCAGUACCAAUUUAUGCAAUACAUCACAAUCCUAAAUUAUGGCCUGAUCCAGAUAAAUUUAUUCCGGAACGAUUUACAGAGGAAGAAAAAGUUAAACGUCAUCCAUUCAGUUAUAUACCGUUUGGAGACGGUCCACGUAAUUGCAUUGGGAUGCGCUUAGCAUUACUAGAAGUGAAAUUAGCUGUAGCGAAAAUUGUACAAAAAAUGGAAUUACUUACAACUGAAAAAACUGAAAUCCCGCUUGAAAUGGAAACUGGGACAAAUCUCACUGCACCUAAUGGCAUCUAUUUAGCCGUUCGAAAAAGACACUAA